UUUGCCUUUUUUUUUAUUGCAGUAGAGGUGGACGAUUCGGUGGCCCGGGUGGGUAUAAAUACGUUACACAUCGCUACACUCCACCAGUCCGGCUCACGGUACGAACCUGGAAGCAACAACUACCAGCAUAACCAUGUACAAACUGUUGGCGCUGUCUGCCCUCGUGGCCGUGGCGAUGGGAGCUGUUGCAGAGAUUGCCAAGGACGUCGUUCCCAUCGUCAAGCAAGAAAACGUCAUCAGCCCCGAAGGAAACUUCCACUACUCGUUCGAGUCCGGCGAUGGCACCCGCGCCGAGGAGGACGGCACGCUGGUGAAGUCGCAGGACCCCAAGGAGCCCGACACGAUCGCGGUGCGCGGCAGCGUGUCGUACACGGCGCCCGACGGCACGCCCGUGCAGCUCACCUACACGGCCGACGAGAACGGCUUCCGGCCUGAGGGCGCCCACAUCCCCGUGCCGCCGCCGGUGCCCGAGGCGAUCGCGCGCGCCCUCCAGUACAUCGCCGAGCACCCGCCCCCGCCAGAGGUGAUCGCCGCCAGGAAGCAGUAAAAGACGUCGCUGACCCUUUUGCGGCACCGGCGCUCCUGGUCACGUCGCCCAGGAUGGCGCCCGUCGCACGGUUCCCCUGAGCACUGCCCGACAGGGCAGCAUCUCCGUCACCCCACUACUUCGACGACGACCCAUCGCUCUGAACACUGUCCGCUGGCCGCCGUGCGGCCAGUCCCCCCCGUCUCUGUAACGUUUUCCCCGCCGCAGUCCCUCGUCUCCCCACAGUCCCCUUCCAAACUCUUCAGCAAGCUUUUAUUGUAAUUUUUGUAUAUCGCAACUGUAUAAUAAAAGCACAUGUAUAUACAUCAAAA